AUGCCCAAAGAAGGAGAUAUUUCCAGCGAAAAGUUCCACCAGGAACUUGAACAGGAUAUCAAACGAAACGUGGAGUUUGGGUUCUUAUUCAACCUUUUGAGUUGGCCAGCUGUUGCAAUUAUCACGAGUAUUGUGUUCUACAGAUUUAAUAAGAACGUGGUGCCGUUUGCUUUUAUUGAUGAGGUUUUCCACUUGGGUCAAACUGUGCAGUAUAUAAAUGGCAACUGGAAGUCGUGGGAUCCGAAAAUCACUACUCCGCCGGGGCUGUAUGUGUUGGGUUGGAUUCAGUACAAAUUGUUGCACGGUUUCGUUGCCUGGAGUCCAUUGACCGCUCUAAGGCUUCUCAAUCUGUUUGGUGGGCUAAUCGUAUGGCCAUGGGUUGUGCUGCGGCCGCUUUUCCUAUUCAGUGCUGUGAAAUUUUGGCCCAUAAAUUUGAUGUGUUUCCCACUGCUUUUCACGUUCUAUUUCUUGUAUUAUACCGACGUUUGGUCAACGAUUUUCAUCGUAGAAUCGUUAACACUAGCAAUCACUUUGCCCUUUGGCGAAAGAAAGAGUAUUUGGGCCAGUGCACUGUGUGGACUCGUGAGUUGUCUUUUCAGACAGACUAACAUAGUUUGGAAUUUGUUUGUUAUGAUAAUUGUCAUCGAGAGGAGAGCUUUGAUUCAACGCGAUUUCAAUAACGUGCAUUUCAACAACUAUUUGAAAUUAAUCAUUCACUCUCUAGAGAAUUUUCAUCAGCUCGUUUUACCCUAUGCGCUGAACUUUAUGCUGUUUUUGGCCUUUCUGGCGUAUAAUCGGUCCAUUACACUGGGGGACAAAAGUAAUCAUACCGCCGGAAUUCAUCUCGUGCAGUUUUUCUAUUGCAUUGCCUUCAUUGCCAUUUUUAGUGCACCAAUUUGGAUUUCCAGACGAUUCGUCCGCGGCUAUCUUCGCUAUACUUUGGAUCAUCCUUUGGGAUUAGUAUUUCAAUGGCUUGGCAUGGUCAUUUUGAUAAGGUACUUUACGCGUGCUCAUCCAUUUCUUUUGGCUGAUAAUCGUCACUACACUUUCUACUUGUUCAAGAAAAUCAUUACAAGGAAUAAGUUCUUCAAAUAUCUCGUCAUGCCUGCGUCCUAUCAUUUUUCGAUUUACUCUUACAUGUCAGUGAUGCAUUCCAAUAUCAUCCACUUCCAUCCUAUUUUACCUAUUGAAAUCAAAUCUCCAGUUGAUUUACCAGUUCAACUCACCCACAUUUCUUGGACCGCAUUGCUCGUUUGCACAUUCAUCACAGUGGUGCCAUCGCCCCUAUUUGAGCCGCGCUAUUACAUCCUGCCUUACAUUUUUUGGAGAAUAUUUGUUUCAGGGUCUCCAGAAUCCUAUUUAGCAGACCGUAUCGUUGAAUUGACUGGCGUACAUAGACUCUCAAGGGAGUUUCUAUGGUUUGCUUUGAUAAAUGUGUUUACGUUAACCGUGUUCGCUUUCAAGCCUAUCGUUUGGCAAACCGAAUCCUUUCCUCAAAGAAUAAUAUGGUGA